GGGGCGUCCGGUUACAUCUCCGCCCUUCCUCAGACUCCAGGCCGCAGAGCCCGUGGGUUUGCGGGACAGCACUUCGAGAACAUGUUGGCUGCGGACAGCCAGAGCCCGGCUGCGUGGACGCGGCUGCUGCUGCUGCAGCUGCUCCUGGCGGGGCUGGGGGGCUGCUUGAGUCGCCGGGAGCUCUUCCCCUUCGGCCACGAACACGGGGACCUGGAACUGGAGGCCGGGGACGACCGCGUCUCCCCGGCUCUGAAGCUGCGCUGGGGGCUCCGUUUCUACGACAAACCGAACAUCGACUCGGUUUACGUCACCACAAAUGGCAUCAUUGCCAUGAGUGAACCACCAGCUGGAGAGUUACACCCUGGGCUCUUCCCGCCGAGCUUCGGAGCAGUCGCGCCUUUCCUGGCUGACUUGGACACAACAGAUGGCUUUGGAAAGGUUUAUUAUCGAGAAGACUUAUCCCCUUCCAUCACUCGGCUGGCAGCAGAAUAUGUCCAGAGAGGGUUUCCAAAUGUCUCUUUCCAGCCUAGUAGUGUAGUAGUUGUCACCUGGGCAUCUGUGGCCCCCUACGAAGGGCCCAGCAGGGACCCUACCCGAGAAGGCAAGAGAAACACGUUCCAGGCUGUCCUGGCCACAUCUGAUUCCAGUUCCUAUGCCAUUUUCCUUUAUCCAGAAGAUGGACUGCAGUUCUAUGCGACAUACUCAAAGAAGGACGAGAAACAAGUUCCCGCUGUGGUUGCAUUCAGUCAAGAUUUAAUGGGAUUCCUAUGGAAGAGUGACAGAGCUUAUAAUAUAUUUGCUAAUGAUAGACAAUCAAUUGAAAACUUGGCCAAGAGCAGCAACUCUGGGCAGCAGGGCGUCUGGGUAUUUGAGAUGGGGAGUCUGGCCACAGCCAGCGGUGUGGUGCCUGCUAACAUCAACCUCGGACUUGAUGACGGAGCAGAGUAUGAGGAUGAGGAGGAGGAUUAUGACCUGGUGACGAGUCUGAGCCUGGAGAAUGUGCGCUCCACGUCCUUCCCCUACGAGACUCCUGGAAGGGGUGAUGCCAACACAUACCAUGCGCCCAGUGUACUCUCCCCACACCGUGUGGCUACUGAGAGAGCCGCUGAACCUCCUGUGGGGAGGACCAGGUCUUUCCAGUUGCCAGUGGAGAGAUUUCCCCAGAAGCACCCACAGGUCAUAGAUGUGGAUGAAGUUGAAGAAACAGAAGUUGUUUUCAGCUACAACACUGAUGCCCGCCAGACGUGUGCCAACAGCAGACACCAGUGCUCUGUGCACGCAGAGUGCAGGGACUUCACCACUGGCUUUUGCUGCAGCUGUGUUGCUGGUUAUACAGGAAAUGGCAGGCAAUGUGUUGCAGAAGGUUCCCCUCAGCGAGUUAACGGCAAAGUAAAGGGAAGGAUCUUUGUGGGCAGCAGCCAGACGCCAGUUGUCUUUGAGAACACCGACCUCCAUUCAUACGUGGUGAUGAACCACGGGCGCUCCUACACGGCCAUCAGCACCAUCCCCGAGACCCUUGGAUACUCUCUGCUUCCUCUGGCCCCUGUGGGAGGCAUCAUUGGAUGGAUGUUUGCAGUGGAGCAGGAUGGAUUCAAGAACGGGUUCAGCAUCACUGGUGGCGAGUUCACCCGCCAGGCCGAGGUGACCUUUGUGGGGCAUCCGGGAAAGCUGGUCAUUAAGCAGCAGUUCAGUGGCAUCGAUGAGCACGGCCACCUGACCAUCGACACGGAGCUGGAGGGCCGCGUCCCGCACAUCCCCUUUGGCUCCUCCGUCCACAUCGAGCCCUACAGGGAGCUCUACCACUACUCGCGCUCUGUGAUCACAUCCUCCUCCACCCGGGAGUACACAGUGACGGAGCCUGAGCGAGAUGGGGCCGCCCCCGCGCACACCUACACUUACCAGUGGCGGCAGACCAUCACCUUCCAGGAGUGCGUUCACGACGACUCUCGGCCGGCCCUGCCCAGCACCCAGCAGCUCUCUGUGGACAGUGUGUUUGUCCUGUACAACCAGGAGGAGAGGAUCUUGCGAUAUGCUCUAAGCAACUCUAUUGGUCCUGUGAGGGAGGGCUCCCCCGAUGCCCUUCAGAAUCCUUGCUACAUAGGCACCCACGGGUGUGACGCCAACGCUGCGUGUCGCCCCAGCUCCGGGAUGCAGUUCUCCUGCGAGUGCUCCGUUGGCUUUCGAGGAGACGGAUGGACCUGCUACGAUAUCAAUGAAUGUUCAGAACAGCCCUCUGUGUGUGGGAGCCAUGCGAUCUGCAAUAAUCACCCAGGAACCUUCCGCUGUGAGUGCAUGGAGGGCUAUCAGUUUUCAGACGAAGGAACGUGUGUGGCUGUUGUGGACCAGCAACCCAUCGACUACUGUACAACAGGCCUUCAUGACUGCGACAUACCCCAGCGGGCCCGGUGUGUCUACACAGGAGGCUCUUCCUACAUCUGCUCCUGUUUGCCAGGCUUCUCCGGGGACGGCCGAGCCUGUCGAGAUGUGGAUGAAUGCCAGCCAAGCCGAUGUCACUCUGACGCCGUCUGCUACAACACUCCAGGCUCCUUCAUGUGCCAGUGCAAGCCUGGUUAUCAGGGAGAUGGUUUCCGGUGUGUGCCUGGAGAGGUGGAGAAAACCAGAUGCCAGCACGAGCGGGAGCACAUCCUCGGGGCGGCAGGUGCUGCAGACCCGCAGCGGCCCAGGCCCCCUGGGCUGUUUGUCCCUGAGUGUGACGAGCACGGACACUACAUGCCCACCCAGUGCCAUGGCAGCACCGGCUACUGCUGGUGCGUGGACCAGGACGGCCGUGAGGUCGAGGGUACCAGGACCAGGCCCGGGAUGAGGCCCCCCUGUCUGAGUACAGUGGCUCCCCCGAUUCACCACGGACCUUCAGUUCCUACCGCCGUGAUCCCCUUGCCACCCGGGACCCACUUACUCUUUGCCCAGACUGGAAAGAUUGAGCGCCUUCCCCUGGAGGGAAAUAUUAUGAGGAAGACUGAAGCCAAGGCCUUACUUCAUGCCCCGGAUAAAAUUAUCGUUGGACUUGCCUUUGACUGUGUGGACAAGAUGGUUUACUGGACCGACAUUAUUGGACCUUCCAUUGGGAGAGCCAGUCUGCAUGGUGGGGAGCCAACCACCAUCGUCAAACAAGAUCUUGGAAGCCCAGAAGGCAUUGCCCUUGACCAUCUUGGCCGCAACAUCUUCUGGACGGAUUCUCGCCUGGACCGAAUAGAAGUUGCAAAGCUGGAUGGCAGCCAGCGCCGGGUGCUGUUUGAGUCCGAUUUGGUGAAUCCCAGAGGCAUCGUUACGGAUUCCAUGAGAGGAAACCUUUAUUGGACAGAUUGGAACAGAGAUAGCCCCAAAAUUGAAACUUCCUACAUGGAUGGCACAAACCGAAGGAUUCUUGUGAAGGAUGACCUGGCCCUGCCCAACGGGCUGACCUUUGAUGCGUUCUCAUCUCAGCUCUGUUGGGUGGAUGCAGGCACAAAUCGGGCCGAAUGCCUGAACCCUGGGCAGUCCAGCAGACGCAAGGUUCUUGAAGGGCUUCAGUAUCCUUUCGCCGUCACGAGCUAUGGGAAGAAUCUGUAUUACACAGAUUGGAAGACGAAUUCUGUGGUUGCUGUAGAUCUUGCUAUUUCCCAAGAGAUGGAUAACUUCCACCCCCACAAACAGACCCGACCAUAUGGCAUCACCACUGCCCUUUCUCAUUGUCCUCAAGGCCACAACUACUGCUCAGUGAACAAUGGCGGCUGCACCCACCUCUGCUUGGCCACCCCAGGGGGCAGGACCUGCCGAUGCCCUGACAACACCCUAGGAGUUGACUGUAUUGAGCGGAAAUGAAGACAGGAGUGCCUUAUUCCCUCUCCAAGUAUUUCACAGCAACGCCCUACUUGAAAGGUCCAGACUGAAAACUGUUCUCUGGCUGAGUGGCCACCAGGCCCAGGGCCAGCCCAGCCUGGGCCCCAACAACUUUUUCCUCACCACCCCCCAAAACACACACCCUGGGCUUCUGUAAUGGGACAGCCUCUACCUUUCAUGAAGACAGAAAACUCCCCUGGCCCCAAUGCUCAGAGAAGCUUAUACCACCCUGAGUGAGGAGUGUGUGCCCUGUCACAUUUCCCUGGGAACUUUUCCCAUCUUUAUCACCACAGUGGUGAACAGAACCUCUGUAGGCCUGAGUUGCCUCUUCCCUUGUGGCCUUAUGAGCUCAGCCUUACUCGGAGAUACCCACCACCCUGUCAUCCCCUCAACACACUAGCUAGGGCCCCUUAGGUGAAGUUGUGAGUAAAGGAGGGAGUUAGACCUCCCACACUUAUUCUCUUGGUGCUCUGAUUUUCCUUUUUAUACUCCCAGCUUAUUACUCCCCAGCUCUUUAUCACCUUCUUCCUACCAAAGGCUCCCAUUAUAGUGAGCAUGCCCUGCAUUUUGAUCAAACCCCCCCCGUCCAAGAGAUAUAUGGGUACUUGGUGACUGAUCGUGGGCAGCCCCUCUUGGAUAAGAUAUUGGCAUUUCAUCAGUGGCUUUUAGUUGUCUGGCCUUAAGUCAGAGACAUGUCCAGUGGUAGGAAUUUCAAGGUGUUGAGUCAGAUGAUUGAGGAUAGGGGAUUCCUGUUAUGUGCCUUAAAUUACACCAAAGAUUGCCAGAUUACUCCUCUCCACCCAGAGCACCUGGAUUGCAACAUCUGGUCUGUUGGGUAACACAGCCCCAGUACUGGCACCAAUGUCCAGCCACUUUGUGGAGACCCAGCUGAAGUACGAGCUGGGGCUGGUAUCAGGUGAAUGACCCACCCCAGUCCCUCACCUCUGGCCUCUACUCCCGAGAGCCAAUUUACAGUCAGUGAACUUGCUUCUUUGUUUCUCCUUCUAUCCGUGGCCCUUGCUGGUUAUGUUGUCAUCCAAGGACACAAAGCUGGGGGAUGCUGUGUCCUCAGUCCAGUAGGACCGAAUUGCUAAUGGUUCAGACAUUGUAUUGCUCAAUGAUAUAAUUAAAGGAAUCAUUGCCUCAUUCCAUGUUUAUGUUUCUCCAAUUUGGUUAGAAAACAUCUCCUGAUGACACGAGUAACUAAAUGUUAUCUUAUUAUAAGCUGCUUCCCAGAGUCAUAAAGAAAUAGAUAUUUUGGAUCCAAAGCUGAGAAUAAGGGAUUUGAAUCAGUAAAAUAUGGGUUAGGGGAGUAGAGAAGACUCAAUGAGAAGUAUCACCAAGAGGUUGAUCAAGAGCAGGAAUGGAAAAACCACGAGGAAGGGAUGGGAGAGAGGAUUUGACGACAGCAAUAAGAAAAACCUUUAACUCCAAAGGGAAAAUGGUACAUUUGCCAAAGAACAUUAUAAUAAAGCACUUAGAAGAAUUUGCCUGGUUUUCCCUUUGGGGAAGGGAGCCUUCCCCUUCUCUUCAAACCCCAGUACACUCAGCCCCACUAACCUGAACCCCCUCCUGCCACUGUCCUCACCUUCUCCUUGCAGAGGCAGCACAUUGGAACCUGAAUCAGUAGUCUUUCCUUGAAAAAUUGGAGUUUGUUUUGAGAGGCAAAUAUACCCCAAGAAUCACAAAAUUUCGGAAACGUGGCUCUUUUAUAUAGCCCAAUCCCAUAGAUCAGUUUCACUUUCUUUGUGUAUUUAUCAUUCCAUAUCAAGCCCUUAUAUCAAAUGUUUGUCAUGACUUUGUAUCAUUUUUAACUGUUUUCUUCAUUUUAAUAGAUUCAUUCUAAAAUUUUUAAAAUGGAAAAUUCUUAAACUGUGGAAACCAUUGAAGGUGCUUAUUAACUAUCCCCUUGGAUUUAUGCAAGUGUCUCCUUGAGUUUACAGUUGUAUAAGUUGUGAGUACAGAAAAUAAAUUUGUGUUAAAAAGAAAAA